AUGGAUCUUAAUAAUCCUAAUUACGAAAGUGGUUCCUCUCAAAAUAAUCAAAAUUACCGAUCUUCCAAUUCUCCAAAUUUCCAAAUUAAUUUUCCUUUUGAUCUAAAUAACCUUACUAAUCCAAAUGCUCAAAGGAUGUUAUUUUAUAACAUGCCUAACCAACCAAUGCAUCCAAACCAACAAUUUGUACAACAAUUCCCAAAUCAAUUUUCAAACCCAAAUUUCCCACAACAAUUCCCAAAUCAAUUUCCAAAUCAAAAUUUUCCACAAAUUCCCCAAAAUUAUCCAUCUGGUUAUAUGUUCCCAAUGUCACAACAAUAUGGUGUAAACCAAAUAAAUCAAAACAGUCCAACAACUCCCGGGGGAGAAAGAAGCAGUAACCUAACCCCACCCGAAGAUCCAAGGGGUUCACAACAAGCUGGUGAUGAUGUUGAUGGUGCUAAUGAUGAUGUCGAUGAUGAUGUUGUUGAAACUCCAUAUGAAAGCAACACCAUUGUGUCGAGAGAAAAAUGGGAUGCAAAAGAAGAUGAUGCACUCAUCUCGGCUUGGAUAGAAUGUGCAGUUGAAGAUCCAGAGACGGCAACGGAUCAAAGUUUGGCUAUAAUGUGGAGAAACAUUAUGGCCUUGUAUGAUCAAGCUAGAGAAGAUAAUCCAUCCACCAUGGGCCCUAGAAGUUUGAGAUAUAUGAAAAGUCGGUGGGGAAGAAUAAAUAGAGAUGUGAGUACAUGUGUUGGUUGUUAUGGUGAGGCAAUAAAAAGAUAUAAGAGUGGCACCAACACUCAUGAUGAGAUGACUGAAGCUCAUGAAAUAUAUAGAGGGACGUGUAAUGGUGCACUCUUUGGUUUAAUUGGUUGUUGGGAGAUGUUGAGAGACUUAGACAAAUGGAGACCAAUAGACCUAGAAGUACCUUCUAGUGGUGGUGGCAGUUCGAAAAGAUCAGAACCUGAUACUCCAGCUGAUGAAUGUCCAAUACUUCGUACUCGGCGUCGUCGUCCUGAUGGGGUGAAAAAAACAAAAAGGAAAGGUAAAUCUGUUGCUAGUUCUGGUAUUCAAAAUGUUGGUAGUUCUGAAAUUCAAAAUUUAGAGUCUUUUACUCAAGCCCUGUCAGAGAUGAAUGUGAUAAAAGGAAAACACAAAGAUGUUGACGAGAGGCGUAUUGAUGUAGCGGAACGUAUGCUCGAGUAUCAAAAGGAACGAGAUGCCAUCAAAGCUCGGAAAAAAGAGGGGGAAAAGAGGUUCAAGUUAUUCAGUGUCCUUCUUGCAAAACCAAAUCUAUCUGAAAACGAAAAAGAAAGUUAUCUGAAAUUAAAGCAAGAAUUUGCACAUCUUUUAGGCUAG